GACAUUCCAAAGAGCUGGAAAUUGAGGGGCGGGACUACGGUUUAAGCAUGGGUGGCUGCGUUUUUGAACAGCGAGUCACGGCAAGGAAAAAAAAAAAACUUUUUGUAACUCCGUGGGCUGAGAAGUAGCAUGUGUUUCUCAGCAUAAAGUGACAAACACGCUGUUGUGGGUUCCUCUCGUCAUUCAAGCAGUGAUAACUCUGCUAGCAUGCUCAGAUAACUAAACUAACGGUAACCUGCCUGGAGAAGAGAUUGUAACACCAGGAUGGGAGGCCUAGCAAGGUGGUGUCAGCGCUGAGGCUCGGGUUCACACCCAUCUGCUGCAUUUUGAGCUGCUGCUCAUUUUUCGUAGCAACCUGACAGCUGAGCUGCUUGACGAGAAGAUAGACGUUGGAUGUACGCUGUGUUCUUGCUUGAGUAGAGAAUAAGGACCUAGAAUGACAAAUGCAAAUUGAAAUUCACUGAAUAAAUGGACAAGAGAAAGUUUCCUGGCACAAUGUCCAGGCAAAUGGACGCAUCAUCCAAAAGGCGCCCUGUUGGUGGAAGUGGACUCAACUUCCCUCAGCCUCAGCAGGGCCGUAUUCGGGGCGUGGAGGUAGCAAGAGGGAGAACAGGGUAUGGGUUCACGUUGUCAGGCCAAAGCCCCUGUGUCCUCAGCUGCAUCCUGAAAGGGAGCCCUGCUGACUAUGUCGGGUUGCGCUCUGGAGACUACAUCCUCUCUGUGAACGACAUCAAUGUCUCCAAGGCGUCACACGAAGAUGUGGUCAAACUGAUCGGACGCUGCUCUGGUGUCUUGAAACUAGUAAUCGCUGAAGGAGAACGUCACAGGCGGCACCACCAACGCUCUGCUGGCAGCCGUCACCACAGCAGUAACGCAAUGGCGGCAUCCUACCUGGACUCAUGCUCUAGUGAUGAUGAGUUGGAUGGUUUCUAUGAUAACAGUGUUAACAAUAACAAUAACAGCAGGUCAGGCUGUGGAGCUCGUGGAGGUUGGUACAAACCCAAACUGGAUACUAAGCAGCAGGGCAUCAAUAGGGCAGAGAAGGUGGUGGCAGAGCUGCAGUCUGGUGGAAUUUUUAACAUGAUCUUUGAGAACUCCAGCCACUCCUCCAGCAGCUCAGACAAAGAGAGGCCUGGGGUUAGUUCAUCGUUGUCAAAGCCGCGUCCACUGUCUGAUCCAGAAUUCCCACCAUAUCACAAUUCCUCACACUCCCAGAGCAACCCAAACCUGCUCUCUGAGGAAGAGAUGGCCCAAGUUCUGAAUGAUGAUUCAGUCUUCCUAGAAUCAGACUUUCGCCAUCUCCACCUUCACCACCACGAAGAGCAGGAUGUUGAUGUAGGAGAUGGGGGUGACUUGGGCCUAGAGCCCAGUGAGGGUAUCCUUAAUGUGGGAAUGAUUGUUGGCUAUCUGGGCUCCAUUGAGCUCGCCUCCACAGGGACAAACCUAGAGAGUGACAGUCUGCAGGCCAUCAGAGGGAGCAUGAGGCGUCUACGAGCUGAGCAAAAGAUUCAUUCACUGGUCCUCAUGAAGGUCAUGCAUGACAGUGUGCGUUUGUGCAGUGACAGAGGUCAGGUCCUGGCCACCUAUCCUGCAGAAAAACUAGCCUUCAGCGCCUGCUGUCCCGAUGACCGCCGAUUCUUUGGACUGGUCACGAUGCAAGCCACAGACGACCACGAUGAUCGCCACUUCAGCAUUGGACGAGAUGAAGAGGGGAGUUUGAGGACUUCCUGCCAUGUGUUCAUUGUGGACCCAGACCUGUGUCACCACCAGGUCCAUCUGAGUGUUGCCAGGAGGUUUGGCUUUGAGUGUACCCCUGACCCAGACACAGGAGGCUGUUUGGAAUUCCCACCCAGUUCUCAGCCUCUCCUCCAGUUUGUUUCCGUCCUUUACCGGGACAUGGGAGACAACAUUGAAGGGGUUCGAGCCCGUGCUUUCCAUGACCCAGACAAUGAUGCCCAGCAGAACCACAGCACCAGCAGCAACAGUGAUAGUGGGAUUGGCAACUUUUUACCAGAAGAGAAGAGCAACAGAGUGCUUCUAGUUGAUCUUGGAGGUCCUCCAAAUCACAACCACAUCUCUGGGCCACGCCACUGGGACAGCCCACCUUCAUCCCAGCAGGCUUGGAGCCCCACCCUAGGAGCAGCAACCUGUCAUCCACCUCCUCCAACACUGAAAAAUGGCCACUAUCGUAAUGAUCCCCACCUGGCUGACCUCCCUCACCCUCUCCCCUUAUCUCACCCUGAUGUCCCCGUCAGGCAUUCAAGAGGGGUCAACCCACACCACUACUCAUCGGGAAAGCGGGGAGGAGCUGUUGGGGGAGGAGAAUGGAGAGGGGCUGGAGGAGCAGUAGGGGUGGAACCGCAGCGGUGGCUACCAGUCCAUGUGUUGAGAGACUGGCGUCAGCAGCACCACCACAGCCACCUCCAGGGCCUUAGCAGCGAUCAGGAAUCCUACGCCGAAUCCACUGACGGAUGGUCGUCUGCCAACUGCAGCACCCUGCCCCCACCGAUGAAUAAGAUCCCGGCUGACCGCUACCGUGCCCCACUGGCACCUGGAGACCACCUGCCACCACCUGGAGGAAGCCAGCCUCCACCUCAGUCACAUCCCCACACCCACCGGCUGGCUUUUCAAAAGGAUGAGUGGGCUAAGAAAUUAUUUGGGACAGGUGAUAGGGAGUGGACUGGGGCAGAGAGAAGUGAAAGAGAGAAGAAACGAGGAGGGAACGCCAAGGAUGGAGAGAAAAAGGGUGGUCGUUUCCGAGGUCUGACCAUGGGAUUCCCUCCUCUCCAGCAGCGCUCCUCAGCUAGGCGCUCCUUUGGACGGUCCAAACGUCUCAGCUUGGCCCGCUCCCUGGAUGACCUUGAGUCUGCUGCAGUCUCUGAUGGAGAGCUGAACAGCGUGGAGCUGCAGGGCUGCAGCAGCGACAACAGCCUCAACAGUAAUGCCAGCCUGCCUAGUGUCCAGAGCCACCGGCGCCACACUGAGAGGAGAGUGGCCAGCUGGGCCGUGUGCUUUGAGAGACUGCUGCAGGACCCCGUGGGGGUCCGCUACUUCUCGGAGUUCCUAAAGAAAGAGUUCAGUGAGGAGAACAUCCUGUUCUGGCAGGCGUGUGAAUUCUUCAGCCACGUCCCCGAGAAUGACAAUAAACAGCUCUCACAGCGUGCCAGAGAGAUCUACAACACCUUCCUGUCCAGUAAAGCCACAACCCCGGUCAACAUAGAUAGCCAAGCUCAGCUCGCUGAUGACAUCCUCAAUGCCCCCAAACCCGGCAUGUUCAAGGAGCAGCAACUGCAGAUCUUCAACCUGAUGAAGUUCGACAGUUACACGCGGUUCCUCAAGUCUCUGCUGUACCAAGAGUGUAUGCUAGCAGAGGUGGAGGGCAGACCAUUGCCUGAUCCUUACCACAUCCCAAGCAGCCCCACCUCCAAACACAGCACCACUGGCUCUGACCGCUCCAACCUCUCCACACCCAAGAAGGAGGAUAAAAAGAGCAAAUCGAGUCGAUCUGUAAAUGAGGAUAGAGGGGAGGAUUCAGGAGAUCGCAGGAAAGGGAUGUUCUUCUCCUGGUCUCGCAACAGGAGUUUCGGCAAAGGCCCCAAGAAACGAGAGCUAACAGACUUCAACUACAAUUUUGCUGGCAGCAAUGGCCGCCGUGAGUCCCAGGGUUCCCUGUCUUCAGGAGCCAGUCUGGAACUGGGGACAUCUGGGUUGGGAAGGAACGAGGGUGAUGUGUCUCGUAGCGCAUUAUCAGUGUCAGCAGAUCGAGGAGGAGGCGGCGCCCCCUUGAGGCAGUGUAAUAUAACUUUGCCAGAUGGCUCAUGUUGCUCUGUGCCACUGAGGGCUGGAGUGUCCAUCAGAGACCUCCUGCUGAACAUCUGUGAGAAGCUCUGCAUCAACCUGGCAGCUAUAGACCUUUUCCUGGUUGGAGGGGAGAAGCCACUUGUUUUGGACCAAGACUGUAUGACUCUGUGCUCCCGAGACCUCAGACUAGAAAAACGCACCCUGUUCAGACUGGACUUGGUUCCCAUCAACCGAUCAGUGGGUCUGAAAGCGAAGCCUACGAAGCCAGUGACUGAAGUCCUAAGACCUGUCGUGGCCAAAUAUGGCCUGCACCUCUCUGACUUGGUGGCACGAAUUAGUGGAGAGUCUGAGCCUUUAGAUUUAGGUCUUCCUAUUUCCAACCUGGACGGGCUGCGAGUGGUAUUAGAUGUAGCAGAACAUUCUCCUGGAAAAGACAAACAGAAAGUAGCUCCCUCUAAGAGUCACCUUCCGGCCUCUACAAGCAGAAACCAAUCAACAACAGGCUCUAAUGCCCCGCUCCGCCUCUCCUUGUGGCUCCCAGGGGGAGGACAGGCCAUCAGGAAAGCCGGUUCAGCCCAUCCCAAUGGGGAAAACGGCAGGGCUGGGCCCCAGCCUUGGACACAUGCAGCCAGCCCUUACCCAAACCCCUCUCUCUCUCUCCAUAAGGCUCCGGAGAAAAGAAAGCAGAAAAGAUUAAUAUAGACGAAGCUGAAGUAAGACUGAACAACCUCCCUCUAUCUCUCUCCUUUAUUUCUGUAGCUGUGUGGCUGUGAUUACAUUAACCCUUUGCCUGUCUGCAAUAUUACAGAAGCACCAAAAGCUUUUCAAAGCUAGCUAUAUGUAGCACAGUCACCUCUGCUUAUACUGAAUGUAGCUUGACUUGUCUAAUUGAUUAACACUCACUGCUGCAUGUUUACUGAAUAAAAAUGAAAGUGUUAUUAGUGUUUUCAAGAUGUUACUUGGGUAUAUUUUCUUUAUCUAUGUACAUUAAUGCACUUGUACACACUUUUACAUGUUUUUGUGUGUAUGCGCGCUGCGUUCCUUGUGUGCGUGUG